CUCUUGGCGAGGGGAAGGACGGCUUCCUCCGCUGCCCUCUGGAAGCUCUGAGCUGGCCCGUGAGGAAGUACCUGAUCCUGGAGGAGAUCCUGACCCACCUGCCGGACAUCCUGUGUCUCCAGGAAGUGGACCACUACUACGACACGUUUCAGCCAAUCCUGGCCAGUCUAGGUUACCGCGGCAGCUUCCUGGCCAAGCCCUGCUCGCCCUGCCUGGACGUGGACCAGAACAACGGUCCAGACGGCUGUGCUCUGUUCUCGCGCCGCUCGCGCUUCACCGUGCUGAGGACGUCUGGCCUGCGGCUGUCCGCCAUGAUGCUCCCCACCAACCAGGUGGCCAUCGUCCAGACGCUGGCGUGCCGGGUGACGGGCCGGCGCCUGUGUGUGGCCGUCACCCACCUGAAGGCUCGCAGCGGCUGGGAGCGGCUGCGGAGCGCGCAGGGAGCCCACCUGCUGCAGAGCCUGCGGGCGAUCACGUCCCGGGGCCACGGCCCGAACCAGGACCCAGAGGGCACCAUCCCUUUGGUGGUUUGUGGAGACUUCAACGCAGAACCCUCCGAGGACGUGUACAGACGCUUUAGCUCCUCCCCUUUGGGUCUGAACUCUGCGUAUAAGCUGCUGAGCUCAGACGGCCAGGUGGAGCCGGACUACACCACCUGGAAGAUCCGCCCCUCUGGGGAGAGUCGCGGCACGCUGGACUACAUCUGGUACUCCCAUGAUGCUCUGAGUGUGGAGCGCCUGCUGGACCUCCCCACUGAGGAGCAGAUCGGACCGGACCGACUGCCCUCAUACCACUACCCCUCAGACCACUUGUCUCUGCUGUGUGACAUCAGCUUCAGGGAGGAGCCUCACAGGCUGAUGUAGCCAAUCACAGGUGACUGUGGGAGGAGCCUCACAGGCAGAUGUAGCCAAUCACAGGUGACUGUGGGAGGAGCCUCACAGGCUGAUGUAGCCAAUCACAGGUGACUGUGGGAGGAGCCUCACAGGCUGAUGUAGCCAAUCACAGGUGACUGUGGGAGGAGCCUGAUGGACUGA